CUUUCUCUGAUCCACUCAGUCUGAUGGAGGUGAAGAGCCGACCUGCCACAGUGCUAAUCUGUUCCAUUCACAGAGGAAACAGUUUGCUGCACCUGCUGCUCAUCCACAAGCUCUGUGAGGAGAAGCUCUUGGACUCCACGCAGGAGCUGGAUUCGUGCUUUUCUUGCAGGUCUGCACAACAAACUUUGGGGGUUUUUUUCUUGCAGUGGAGCUCAAGGUCAGGAUAUCACUGCAGGGAAAACUCUGCUGAAACUUUGCAUCUUGCUCUGCGUCCGUGUUGCACUUCGAAUCACUUUUCUCUUAUCUGGGGAUUUUUGUUUUUGGUGCACGGCUCUGCAGCCUCGCUUCAGAGCAGGAGGCGUUUGCACAGUCUUGAGUUUCACUGAGAAACUAAAGCUGGCGGCUGCAGGCUCUGGUUACCUGUCUUGAUAACCGUUGGCGUGACAGCAGGGAGGAGGACGGGACAAGGUUCAGAAGCGUUUUAUCGUCUGUGGAUGUGUGAUGUUGGCGGGGCGGGGUUCGGGACAGAGGUGAACAAACACAGCAGGAUUUAAACAGCUGAUCCUUUUUAGAGGAAACAUUUAGAGAGAGGAUCGUCAACCUCAGCGGGACCCAAACGAGACGCCUGUGAGCUCCCACCUGGGCUGGAACAACCCUGUGAUGAAACCAAACACCCACCCGAAGCACCCUAGAGUCUGAGGGGUGGGGGGGAGGGGGUCAUGUAUGUCCUGUGCACCCUGGCGGUUCUGACGCUCCACAACCUGAUUAAGAACCGGAACAAACCGGAGCAAAGCCAGUCCACCGAGGCUGUGGGACAGGAAGGUCGUCGGAAGGAUGGGGGCGCCGGCGAUGGGUGCUGGGGGAUGUCCGGGCCCCGGGAUCGAGUGGAUGGAUCAAUGAACCACAGAGCUGAGGGGAGGAGGAGGCGAGGGGGCAUACGCAACCUCCCUAACAGCAGGAGGCAUGUCCAGCCGGUCCAGCGGUCCAGCGCUCUGGUCAACCCGGCGGUCAUGUUCGGCACACGAAAGACCUGGGACCUCGGCCACGCCCCCUGCCUGCAGGAUCUCUGGAAGAAAGACCUCUCAUUGGAUGCGAGCUCAGUGGACUUCCUGAUGAGUGAUGGUGAAGACGACGGCUCCUUCCUUUCUCUGCCAAGCACCGCCUUCUCGCAGCGCCCCUCUCUGACCGCCGAGCUCAGCGAAACGAGCGCGACCAGCCAGCAGCUGAUUAUCCAGAGGGUCACCUGGUCGUGCUGGUGGACUCCUGCCAACACCCUACAGGACAAAGUUUGCGAGUUUCAGGCUCGACUUCACUCUGAAGAAGUAGCCCGCCACCUGCUGGUCCAGCAGCUGCAGCAAAGUGUCAAAGAGAAGACGGGUGGAGGCGUUAAGACGCUACAGGAGGAGCAGACGUCAGAGACGCCCAACGGUGUGAGGGUGGUGCAGCCCAGUGACCCUGCGGAUCGUCUCAGCUGUCCAGAGGAAGAGCAGCUCGUUACUCGGCUGCGCACACAGGUGGAGGAGCUGGAGGAGAAGCUGUUGGAUCAGACCCAGGAGGUGGAGAGACUUCGCUCUGAACUGGGGGCGACAGACCUGGAGAAGCAGCUGGAGCUGCUGGUGGUGGAGAAUGAGCGUCUGAAGCAGGAGCUGAAGUCAUGCAGGAGCUCAAAGCUUCAGAAGCUCGAUGCUGCCGCAGAGACCUGCAGCUGCAGCCACUGCCCCCACAGCCAGGAUGCGGAGGCCCUGCGGAGGGAGGUGUCCCGCUGGGAGACCCAGGCCCGGCAGAGGGAGCGGCGGCUAGCUGAGCUGGAGAGAGAGCUGCUGGAGAAAAGCUCCAGGACGGAGGCCCUCCAACGGCAGCUGGACGACUCCACCCGGCAGCUGGACGACAGCCGCAGGCAGCUGGAGGAGUCGAGGCGGAGGCAGGGGGAGGCUGAGCAGAAACUCACCCUCCGGCUGCAGGAGUGCGAGGAGGAGCUCGCCAGACAGGCAGCGACGCCCCCCAGAGUCAAAUAUGUGACGCAGACGGUGGAGGUGGAGUCGGCGGACUCUCAGAAAGCUGUGGCCGAGUUGCAGGUGAAGAACAACGCCCUGCAGGAGCAGCUUUCUGCACAGAGGCAGCUGCUGCGAGAGCUUGAGACGCAGCUGCACGAGUCGCAGAGGACCUGCGCUCAGCUCAGGACGCAGCUGCUUGCCGAUCGAGGCCGUCUGUGCGGCCUCCUGUCCAAGGCCGUCGGCCGGCGCAACAGCGAGGUGGUUCGCAGGUUAUCGAAGAUCCUGGUCUAUGAAGGAGAGAUGGAGCGAGCUCAGGGUCAGCUGGAGGCGGAGAUGCAGAACCUGGAGGAGGAGAAGAACCGUGUCAUUGAGGAGGCGUUCAUCCGAGCCGAGAGCGAGAUGAAGGCCGUCCACGAGAACCUCGCAGGUGUGCGUAUGAACCUGCUGAGCCUGCAGCCGGCCCUCAGGACUCUCACCUCGGACUACAACUGUCUGAAGAGGCAGGUACAGGACUUCCCCUUCAUGCUGGACAAAGCAAUCACGGAGGCCAAACAGGAGAUCUGCCAGGUGAUCAGUGAGGUGAGCAGCACCAACCAGGAGCUGCUGCGUAAAUACAAGCGAGAGAUGAACCUGAGGAAGAAAUGCCACAACGAGCUGGUUCGACUCAAAGGUAACAUCCGUGUGUUCUGUCGCGUCCGGCCGGUCAGUCAGGAGGAGCAGGACUCCGCCGAUGCCAAAACCAUGCUGAGCUUCGACUCGGACGACGACGCCAUCCUCUACCUCUCUAACAAGGGCAAGGUCAUGACCUUUGAGCUGGAUAAAGUCUUCCCCCCUCACGCCACCCAGGAGGAGGUGUUUCAGGAGGUUCAGGCUCUGAUCACUUCCUGUAUUGACGGCUAUAACGUCUGCAUCUUCGCCUACGGACAAACCGGCUCCGGGAAAACCUACACCAUGGAGGGUGUCGCUGAUAACCCCGGCAUUAACCAGCGUGCUCUGCGGCUGCUGUUCUCUGAAGUAUCAGAAAAAGCUCCAGACUGGGACUAUAAGAUCACCGUCAGCAUGGUGGAAAUCUACAACGAGACGCUGCGGGACCUGCUCGGGGAGAAUCCUUCUGACAAGCUCGACAUAAAGAUGAAUCCCGACGGCAGCGGCCAACUCUACGUCCCCGGACUGACCGAGAUCACCGUGCAGAGUCCCGAGGACAUCAACAAGGUGUUUGAGUUGGGUCACGUCAACAGAGCGACAGCCUGCACCAACCUGAACGAGCACAGCUCGCGGUCACACGCUCUGCUCAUCAUCACGGUGUCUGGAUUCAACACAGCCACCGGCAACCGCACGCUAGGGAAGCUGAACCUCGUGGAUCUGGCGGGCUCAGAGCGGAUCGGUAAGUCGGGGGCGGAGGGCAGUCGGCUCAGAGAAGCUCAGUGCAUCAACAAAUCCCUGUCGGCGCUUGGCGAUGUCAUCAACGCGCUGCGGAGCAAACACUCCCACGUCCCGUUCAGAAACUCGCGCCUCACGUACCUGCUGCAGGACUCGCUGAGCGGAGACAGCAAGACCCUGAUGAUGGUGCAGGUCUCUCCGUUGCCCAGCAACAUGAGCGAGUCGGUCUGCUCGCUGAAGUUCGCUCAGAGGGUUCGCAGCGUCGAGCUGAGCUCCUCGUCCUCCAGGAAACACGAGAACUCGUCCACGUCGUCCUCGCCCACCCACGACAGCGUUGAGCUGGACUCCCCCCCGGUGACCCCGGUCCCUCUCCCCAUCUCUCGGGCCAGCAGCGCCGGCUCCACCCUCUCCUCCGCCUCCAGAACUCCCAGCAGCUCCCGCAGGAGGUCCCAGUCGCAGCUCUCCACAGGUCUGAGCUGUAAGAGUGGAGGAGGAAUUUUCCAGGAACGCCCGCUGUCAGUCUGUCCUCCUCCUUCUUCUUCUGUGUCCUCAUUCUGUGGUCUGAUUGGUUGGUUUGCAGACAGACAGGUAGACAGAGCCAGCCCAUUGGUGGGGGACGGUGGGCAGGACGACUGAAGCUGACGGCCUGACGGACGCCGCGUCGUCGCUGCAGGACGGGCUGCGGGGUGUCAGCCAGCGCCCUGAGGCCUCUGCCGCCUCCCUGCUGCUCUUCCUGGAUUUAUUUCCUCCUUAGCCAACAACAGGCGCGGCAAAAGCGAUCAAAGACCGAUGGAAACUUUACAGGACAGGACGGUCUUAAAUCUGGACAGACUGUCAUGAGACGAUGGCCAAACGUCUGGACUGCUGUGACGUCUGAUAUGAGCUCGCGCUCCUCCGUCGGGACUCAACUAAAAUCCUUAUUAACCCUGAAAUCAGUAUCUGCUCUCCAAUCAGUAUUUCUCAUUGUUUCUUUGUUGCACUUUAAACUUUUAGAUCAUUUUCUAACCCAAACGUGGCUGAUGAUGUGCAUAAAUGCAUAAUGUGUUUGUAUAUUUAUGUUUGACAUGCUUUAAUUUUUUUUCUUUUGGAGAAUGCGGGCUCAUCAAUUUUUUCCGUUUUUGUUUUUUUUGUGAUCCAAAUUUAAUUUUUUUUUUUUGUCUUGAAUAUUUUUUGUCUUCAUCUGUUUUUAAUCUUUUUUUUCUCUGCACCGUGUUCGAUGGAGGAUCUUGAGGCUGAAACCUUAAAGUGUACUUUUUUUUUUUUCAUAAAGUUGGGAUAAAUUUAAGUUUUUAUCACGUGUGUUGUGUUCCCAUCUGUAGUUUCUGGAGGCUUUCCUCCUUUAUCCAAUCAGGGUACUCCACGGAUCCUAAGCUGUCCAAUAGGACAUGAGCAAUACGAGGAAAUCUGUACAUUGGUUCUCAGUCUUCUGCUCCUGUGGACGUUCCUUUUAUUUCAAACUUCCUUCAGCUUGAAGAACAAAAAGACUCGAAUCGUAUCUAAACUCCUUUCUUCUCUAUGCGCUUCUGCUGUCAUCUCUUCACCUGUUUGGAGAAAACAAAAACCUCCAGGAAACCACUGGUGACCUUUGACCUGAGACAGAACACGUGUAGCUGUUGACUUGGUGCUGUUGCUGAGGCGAAGUGGACUGUUAGCUGUAGCUGUAGUAAACGGGAAUGCUUAGAAACGCGAUGAGCUGCUGUGUGUUGUUGACCUGAUGAUCAAACUCUCUGCUUGCUGUUGUUUUUUUUUUUUUGUAAUUACUUUUUAAUAAACGCUCAGAACAAACGCACA